AUGACACAUGAUUGUAAAGGAGGACUGACUUACGGUGAUAACUGUGGCAAGCGAUGUGCUGAUCGUCACUGUCUGAAUAACUCGACCUGUGAAGCUAACACUGGACUGUGUGUGGGAGGUUGUCAGCCGGGUUGGAAAGACCUCGAUUGUUCAAAUGAAUGUAAUGACAGAUAUGGCGCAGAAUGUAGUCUAGACUGUAAUACGAGACACUGUAAGAACAACAACUCUCCAUGUCAUUCCCGGACUGGAGAGUGUGUUGGUGGAUGUAAACCUGGAUGGAUGAACGCAACCUGUACACAACAAUGUGCUCAAGGCCACUAUGGGGAUGGAUGUUCAAACCAAUGUAAAGACAGACAAUGCUAUACUAAUGGAACGUGUGAUUUUCAAACAGGCCGGUGUUUUGGUGGAUGCCAAGCUGGGUGGGAAGGACAAUCGUGCACUAGUGAAUGCACCGAUGGAAAAUAUGGUAUGAACUGUAAUGCUAUUUGUGGAGAAUGUGCAAACGAAUUAUGCGACAGAGUUACUGGGAAUUGCACAGACGGUUGUAGUGAUGGAUUUGAAGGGCACCUGUGCAAGGAAGUUUCACCACAAAAAGCCAGUGACUCAACAACCGUAGUUUCCUCAGCGGUUAUGGGAGUACUAUCCAUAAUUGUGAUUAUACAGUUUGUCGUUAUUAUCAGAUAUAUUCUAAUAGUUAGAAAAGUGCGUGCAUCGAGUGGGCCUAGUGUCUCGUUUUCAAAUAAACCUAUUACUAGAACGACGACCACGACUUCCUCGGUCUAUGAAGUUGUUGACGAUGAAACCAAUGUUCGUUCUCCGCCAGCUGAACGUGUUGCUAACACUCAAAAUGGCCAGACCAAUGGUACGCAACAUGAUUACGUAAACUCGUCCCAUCAGGCAGAACGCAGCGGGGAGAAUGGCAAUCAUUAUGACAGGCUGGAUGUUGAUGUUAUUGGUGCAGGAUCUCCGUACAGUAAGAUAGAGGUCUAAGAUACACUAUGUAACCAAGUUUAGCAAAGUAUAGCCAAAUAUCAACAGCUGAUAUUUCACAAGAAAUGUACACAUUAAAACAGGUGGACUAUAUUGACCUGACAUAUAUAAUUGUAUAUAUUGUUUUAAAUCAUCUGCGAUAUAACCCUUUGUUUCUAGAUAUAUUGUUAAAUAAAAAAAAAAUUGUUCUCUUGA